AUGACAUCAUCAUUAUUAGACAAAGACGUUGGUUCGUCUGCAUCGACAGCGACAAUGACGACGAUUUCGCCAAAUGACCUUGCUGCAGAUACAUCUAAUGAUCUCUAUGAAAAUCGCGAACAUUUCCAAGCAAUCUUUACGAAUGAUUCUCGAUUUUUCGAUACCAGUCUUCAUCUUUUCAAAUCUUAUUAUGCAUUGGGAUAUAUCCAUCCAGAAGAGGAGAAAUCUGACCGACUGAGUGUGCCUAGUCUCACAACAUCCAAUGGACGUAGACAUCGUUGGAAAACACGCUUCUUAGGAUCCAAUUAUUAUCAGCAUGAUGAUCAUCAUCACAAUGGAACGUUAAAAAGUUUCUUAACGCCGAUUUUACUACGAAAAAAUGAUCACAUCAAUCAAACGCGUGGAGAAUCAGGCAAUCCGACUAAAGAUAUUAAUAAUUCGUAUAAAAGCAAUUCAUUCGCUGUUCAUUAUCAACCAACUUCUAUACCAAGUAUUAGUGUAUCUGAUGAGAUGAAGUCCGAUGAAUCUGAAGUAACAAUCACCAGAUUAUAA